GGAAAAUUGUGAUCAGUUGCAUCAUUCGUGUUACCGCGAUUAGACAUUUAUUAAAAAGUUUUGCAAUCAGUGCGUAUAUGUACAUGUGCAUUAGAUGACAUUUUCGCUUCGGUAAUUUGAAAUCGUAUACGGAUAUCGAAUGCGUUGAAAAUUCUUCGCCAUGGAUUUAAUAUAGAGCUUCGAAACUUAUUGUUACUUUUUGAGUGAUAAUGCAUGAAGGAUUAACCAAGUGUUUUCUAUCUGUUUAAAGAUAGUGUGACUACAGUUUAUACUUGAACAGCUUCCUAUUAUACUGAAAGACCAGUGGAUAUUAUCAGUCUGAUUGCUCAAUCACAGUCAACGGGUAGCAACAGAGGUAAACAUACAUGAGAAAACAAAAGUUUAAAAGUAAAAGUGCAAUAUAAUAUAUGAAGAGUGACAUUUACAAUGAGGUAUUGAGUGAUGUGACAGGAUACGGAAGAAGUCAAUUAAAGGGCGAAAGUUUUGAACUACCACAUAAAAGUUGAAGUGAUUGGUCAAGAUAUACAGCGAUACGCGAUUGACAUUUACGCCGGAUUGUAGAGAAUAGCCAGUGGUUGUUUUUUGGCAGUAUAAGCAUUCCAAAAUUUACUCACCCACGCAUUUUGACGCCGCUAAGGCGUUGAAGUUAGAAGACGAAUUUGCUGGCGGUUGCAUGACUAUGUCUAUGUACCCGUCAGCAGAUAAAAUGAAAAUGAGCACCCCAACUUGUUUUCCGAGUCGAUAUAGUCCCACAUACCGGGGACCAGAUCAGAUGCGACGUUGUAUGACGAAUCCGUCGAGUCGAUUCUUGGAAGAUGCAUCAAUAAUGUGUAACUCGUGGUCACCUAGGCAUAAUGGUGAUAUCUUCUCCGGAUUAAACGAUGGUAUUCUAAGUAGAGCCGAAGCUCUGGCUGCAGUAGAUAUUGGAAAGCACCAGAGCAGUCACCCACACUCGCAAAUGACAUCGCAACUGAAGCAUGACGUUAUGUACCACCACAGCAUGAGUGCUCCACCACAAAGACCGCUACAGAACAAACCGUUUUCCUUCCAGAUGCACCAUACAAUGGACAGUAUCGACAUGCUGGAUCCAUCAGGUUCGAUGACAACAUUGACUCCUAUGUCUGAUGCACCAAUAACUUCCACUCAUCACCAACUACAUGGAUCGUACCACAGUAUGAACCAUAUGAUGGGGCAUCAUCACAGUGGUCCACUCGGAGGUCACACUCCUGAUGGUUUCCUCGGAGCUCAUCAUCCCGCUAUGGCAGUGGCUGUUGCAACCGCUGGCUUACAUCCAGAUACAGAUACUGAUCCACGAGAACUAGAAGCAUUCGCAGAGCGAUUUAAACAGAGAAGGAUAAAAUUAGAAGGUGUAACACAAGCUGAUGUGGGGAAAGCACUUGCGAACCUGAAGCUGCCUGGCGUUGGAGCAUUGUCACAAAGCACGAUAUGUCGAUUUGAAAGCUUAACCUUGUCCCACAAUAAUAUGAUUGCUCUCAAACCUAUUCUACAAGCGUGGCUUGAGGAAGCAGAGGCUCAAGCAAAAAACAAACGAAGAGAUCCAGAUGCGCCAAGUGUCUUGCCAGCAGGAGAGAAGAAAAGUCUUUUUUCAAGAAAAAGGACUUCCAUCGCUGCACCAGAAAAGCGUUCCCUUGAGGCCUACUUUGCCGUCCAACCGCGUCCAUCAGGCGAAAAAAUAGCUGCAAUAGCGGAGAAGCUCGACCUCAAGAAGAAUGUCGUCCGUGUUUGGUUCUGCAAUCAACGACAAAAGCAAAAACGCAUGAAGUUUGCAGCCCAACACUGACCACCGCACCAAAGCUCUCAGUUUAGUGGCUUAGUGAAUAGUGUAGCAUCUUUAGGAAGCAAUGGAGGCGUUACGGGGUUUGGUUAUUAAUAGACGCAAAACAUUUCACUCAUAUGAUGAUAGCAAGGGAACCAAUAAAUUUAAAAAUAGGCGCCUAAUCUUACCAUUUGUACAUUGAACUAUAAAUACAAAAUGAAGGUUUAGUAUUAAGUAGAUGCUAGUGAUACUAUAAAAGCAAAUGAAAUACGAAAUUGUGAUUUCGGACGUAGAAGCUUGAGUAAUAACGAAAAGUGAGAGAACCGUGUACAGUUUGAUAAUUCUAUACUCCGAACUCUUAACCAAUGGUCCGACAAAAAGAACUGAUCAAUUCUAAUAUGUGCAAUUUAUCAUUAAGUUUUCCGAAAAAAAAACAUCAGAAAAAAUAUUUUGGUGUCAAAAUAUUUCUAUUUCUAUAUAGGAGGACAGAAAAUUUAGUUUAUUGUAAAUAGGCAAAUACAAUUAGGCAAGGCAGGAACACACAAGAACAUUAGUAGAGCAUCAAAGUGUUUUAGAUGCUUAAGGCAGGCUAUAAUAUUCUCAUACUGCCAAUGGAAAGCUCUCGAGAAUUGCAGAUUUUUGUCUUUAUUUUUCAGUUGAGAAUUGUUCGGUCAAUAAAAAUGCCUUAUGUUAAGACCAAUGCAAUCGGGAAAACCCGAAGCUAUUUUUGCAUAAGGAAGUAACAAAAUUAUUUCGAUGGGCCAAAUAACAUCAAUUAUUUCCCUUUUUGUAUUUUUGUUUUGUUCUGAUCUACUGAACUGUUUCAAUGUAAUGAAAGAAUAGGGUAACCAAUAAUGUUGGACCCCCUGUGCCAUUUUCCUGCAAAUUUCCCAGUUUAAAU